AUGGCCAAAGCAGCAGCAACCACAACCUCUGCCGCGGCGAACAACAUCUUGGAUGUGCUCAUCAUCGGUGCUGGCUGGUCCGGCCUUUCGGCAGCUCUCAAGCUGUCGCAAGCGGGACACAAGGUGGCUGUCCUCGAGGCACGCGAGCGCAUCGGCGGACGAGCGUUUACGCACACCUGGUCGGACAAGACGGAUGUCAACGAUAAGUCGCGUACGGUUGCGGCGCCUGGUGCGAGCGACUACUGGUGCGACUUUGGCUGCUCGUGGAUGCAUGGUUACUUGGAGGGAAGCCCUUUGAAGGGGCUGACUGAUAAGUACAACAUUCCGGUAACUAUUCCCAGUCCGCGCGAGACGGUGGUGGUUGGCGAACAGGGUGUGUUGCCGCAGUCGCUAUCGCAGAGGCUGCUGGGAAACUUGGGAAAGGCGCAGGAUGCAGCCAAGGCUGUAGCGCACGAUCAGUCGACUACUCCACCGGAUGCAAACAUUUCGCUCGCUGAUUUCCUGUACGGCGACCAAUCGCCUCUCUUUGCCGGCCUCGAGUCAGAAAGAGAGAAGAAGGCUGCCCGUGACCUGGCCAGGAUGCUCCACAUCCCGCUCGGUAUCGAGCUUGAAAAGGCGAGUCUCAAGUGGCACGGCUUUGAGCAGGCAUUUGCCGGAACGGACGCAGCACCCAAAGCCGGUUUUACCUCGAUCAUCACCAAGCUCGUGGACGAAAUCACAUCGCUCGGCACCACGAUCCACACUAGCCAAGAAGUGCAGUCUGUUCGAGACGAACACCAGUCGUCCAACGUCAAGAUCAUCACCAAGCAGGGCCAGGAGUACAUCGCACGCACCGCGCUCAUCACCAUCCCCAUUGCCGUCCUCAAGAAGACGGCAGGUGCGCUGUUCGAGCCGGCGCUGCCCGAACGAAGGCUAGAGACCAUCAAGCGCGUUUCAGUGGGCAAUCUGAACCAGGUGCUGCUGCAUUAUGACCAGCCGUGGUGGAAUGCAAAGACAGGCACGUUCCUCGUCCUGCCCUUGUCCGCGCCUGCACCCUCGUCUGUGAAGGGUGAUACAGAGAAGAGGCUGUGGGAGCUAUACUCGUCCACGACGCUCAUCGUUUCGUCUCUGGCUGGCGAGGGUCAAGCAGAGGUCGGGAAAGGCGCGUCCAACUCGCUGCUCGUCAUGGUCGGUGCCGAGGCGGGCCAGCAGCUGGAAGGGUUUGAGCGUCUGGAUGCCGGAAACGCGCUACACGCCUAUCUGACCGCUCGAAUCGGCGGCGACGAGGCCAUCGGAAAGCAGCUCCCCAAACAUGUCUUCUACUCGCGGUGGGCAAAGCAGCCAUUCACCGGUGGUGCUACCACGUCGCCUGUUUCGAUCGCAAGUGGCACUUCGCCGUUGGACUUUGAGGCGCUGUCAAGACCUCUUUGGAAUGGCCGUCUUGGAUUUGCAGGCGAACACACCGAAAUCAACCAUCGAGGAUCCGCAGCCGGCGCGUACGUGUCUGGUGAGAGAGAGGCGACCCGUCUCCUAGCUUACCUCGAUAAGUUCGCAAACAAGCUAUGA